AAUAUCUGUCUUCCCAAAUAAAGGCGCGUUAAUUAUUUAUUAUAUCAGGUCAUAUUUAAUAACUUAUAUACGAAGGUUAAUGUCAAUAACCAAGCAUCGUCUGAUUGUGGCCAGAGCUACCGGAUCAGUUCGCAUUUAUCGUGCACUCAAGAAUUAGAAUAAGUGAUUGUAAUUCGUGUGUUUAAAAUGUACAAAAUAGUAUUAUUUGUGUUUGUUUUAUUGAACUUAUCUGAUAGGAAUACCGUAGCGGCGAAACGAGUUUGCGUCAUUGGCGCUGGCGUAGCCGGUUUGGCUUCCGCAAGAUAUCUUAAAGAAGAAGGUAUUAAUUUUACAGUUUUAGAAUCGACUAGAUACGUCGGCGGUACCUGGAGAUAUGAUCCAAGGGUGGGCACCGACGAAAAUGGCCUCCCCUUACAUACAAGCAUGUACAGCAAUCUAAGAACUAAUUUACCCAAACCAACAAUGGAGAUGAGAGGCUUUCCAUUACCAGAU